AUGAAGAGGAAUUUUAAAAGUAUAAAAAAUUCCUCAACUUCUAUAGGAAAGAAUGAUAAAACUACAAAAUCAAGUUAUGCGGAUGUCAACAUAAAUCUUGAAGAUCUUGAAAGUGACCCAGGAUUGAGAACACCGAUUAUGGACCAUCCUUUAAAAAUUCGUGAUCAAGUUCGGCGAGCAUAUAUGCAAAAAGGUCCUUGUCAACCUCACCUCAAGCCAUUUCCAUCGACAAAAGUUGGACCUCAAUCAAGAGCAUUCAACGGUGCUUGGUAUGAGGAAUUUCAAAAUUGGCUUGAAUAUAGUGUAUCAAAAGAUGGUGCAUUUUGUCUGUAUUGUUAUCUGUUUAAAUCAAAUUGCGGAGGACAAUCAGGUGGUGAUUCAUUUGUUGGUCAAGGAUUUAGAAAUUUUAAAAAUGGAAAAGCAAGACUCUAUACUCAUGUUGGAGGUCCAUCUAGUGUUCACAAUCAAGCUAGGAAAAUGUGUGAAGCGUUAAUGAACGAAAAACAACAUAUUCAAACAUUUUUUGAAAAACAUUCAAAGCAAGGUCGUAGUGAGUAUCGAAGUCGUUUGGAAGCAGUAGUUGAUUGCAUUCGUUUGUUAUUGCGACAAGGGCUUGCUUUUCGUGGUGAUGAUGAAUCUGGAGACUCGAGUAAUCAAGGUAACUUUCUUGAUAAGAAUUUAAAAUUAACAUCACCUGAUAUUCAGAAAGAUAUUGUGAGGGCUGCAGCUUUUGAAACACUUGAUAUCAUUAUUAAAGAAAUUGGAGAUGCGUUGCUUUCUAUUUUAGUUGAUGAAUCUCGUGAUAUUUCAACUAAGGAGCAAAUGGCUGUUGUGUUGCGAUAUGUAGAUAUAGAUAGGUGUGUGAUUGAACGAUUUGUGGGAAUUGAACAUGUGGCCAAUACCACAGCUGUGUCACUUAAAGGUGCUAUUGAUAAAUUAUUUUCUAGAUAUGGAUUAAGCAUAUCUAAAUUGCGGGGACAAUGUUAUGAUGGGGCAACCAAUAUGCAAGGAGAGUUCAGUGGUCUUAAAACUCUUAUUUUGAAUGAGAAUCCAUCAGCUUUUUAUGUUCAUUGUUUUGCUCACCAACUUCAACUUGCUCUUGUAGCUGUCGCAAAGAAGCAUAUUCUAGUUGCUUAUCUUUUUAGUGUGGUAACUAUGGUGAUAAAUGUCGUUGGAUGUUCUUCUAAGCAUUGUGAUAUUCUUAGAGAAAAGCAAGAUGUUAUUAUUUCUGAAGCACUCAAGUGUGGUGAAAUUUCAAGUGGAAGAGGGCUAAAUCAAGAAAACAAUCUUAAACGUCCCAGUGAUACUCGUUGGGGUUCACAUUAUGCUACAUUGGUAAGCUUGAUUAACUUAUUCUCCCCUAUAACUAAUGUUCUUCAAAUAAUAGUAGACGAUGGCCGAGCAAACUCUGAACAAAGGUUUGAAGCAAGUAAUUUAUUGUCUUUGAUGUUAACAUUUGAUUUUAUAUUCAGUCUACAUUUAAUGAAAGCACUGUUGGGAAUAACAAAUGAAUUGUCAAAAGCACUACAGAGAAAAGAUCAAGAUAUUGCAAAUGCCAUGAAAUUAGUGGAAAUUUGCAAGGAAAGAUUACAAGCAAUGAGAGGCAAUGAAUGGGAUUCCUUUCUUAAUCAAGUCUCAAGCUUUUGUGCUAAAUAUAAUGUGGAUGUUCCUGAUAUGGAUGAUACAUUUGUUGCCCAAGGUCGAUCACGGCGCAAAACUCAAGAAAUGACAAAUUUACAUCACUAUCGUGUGGAAUUCUUUUUUGUUGUUAUUGAUAUCCAACUUCAAGAGCUAAAUGAACAUUUCAAUGAGGUAAACACCGAACUAAUUCUUUGUUUAGCUUCUUUGUGCCCUGGUGAUUCAUUUGUAGCUUUUGACAAAAAAAAGUUGGUCCGGUUUGCUGAGUAUUAUCCCAAAGACUUUUCUACUUUUGAGCUUAUGAUACUCGAUGAUCAACUUGAAACUUACAUUAUUGAUAUACGUACUAAUGAGAAGUUCUUGGGUUUGAAAAGUAUUGGAGAUCUUGCUCAAAAAAUGGUCGAAACAAAGAAAAAUAUUGUCUAUCCACUGGUGUAUCGACUUAUUACAUUGGCAUUGAUUCUACCUGUUGUUACUGCUAUGGUGGAAAGAGUAUUUUCUUCUAUGAAUAUUUUGAAAAACAGAUUGCGUAAUCGAAUGGGAGAUCAAUGGAUGAAUGAUUGUUUACUUGUGUACAUUGAAAAAGACAUUUUCAAUAGCCUUGACAAUGAAGUUAUCAUGCAACGAUUUCAAAACAUGAAAACCCGUCGAGGCAGAUUGUAA